AUGACUCACUCGAAUGUGUUCUCUUUUGUGUUUGGGGAACACAGCAACUUGGAGUCACCACUGAUGCCCGAAGCUUUGGAGCCUCCACAGAGCAGUGGCAGACCAGGAAGCAGCCCGGGAGCUGCCAUCACAGCUUGUAAGAAGGUCCUGCGCAGUGCCAGCUUGCUUGAAUCCACCGACUACUGGUUGCAAAACCAGAGGACUCCCUGCCAGAUUGGAUUUGUGGAAGAGAAGUCUGAGGACUGUGCUUCUGUCUGCUUUGUGAACCUGGAUGUAAAGAAGGAUGCGUGUAACACAGAGCACCUACAGCAGAAAUUGGUCAAUGUUUCUCCAGAUCUUCCAAAACUUAUCAGCUCUAUGAAUGUCCAACAGCCAAAGGAAAAUGAGAUUGUCCUUUUAAGUGGGCUAGCAUCUGGAAAUCUCCAGGCAGAUUUUGAAGUUUCACAGUGCCCUUGGCUGCCAGAUAUCUGCUUGGUCCAGUGUGCAAGAGGAAACAAAGCCAAUAGUACCAACUGCAUCAUCUUUGAAAUCAACAAAUUCUUGAUUGGUCUGGAAUUAGUGCAGGAACGGCAGCUCCACGUGGAGACAAACACCCUGAAGCUGGAGGAGGACACAAACUGCUCCCUAUCCUCCAUCGAAGAAGACUUUCUCACUGCAUCGGAGCAUUUGGAGGAGGAAAAUGACGUGGAAGAGAGUAGGACCGGUUAUGAAAACAUAAAGGUAGCAGCCAAUGUUUUGGAAAGCAGAAAGCCAUGGGAAGCCUCCCAGCCAGAAUGGGAGCACAACAAGGGAAAAUUUCUUUAUGAUCUGGAAGACAAAUACUUUAGCAAACAGGAUAUGACGUUGAUUAAAUCAGAACGAUCUCUGGAAAGCGUCGCAGAGAACACAUUCUUGCAGAAUCUAGAUCCUUCUGUCACCCCAUCACAAUGGAAAGGUGAUGCAAUGGGGAAUGAGAAGCCAGCCACAAACUAUUAUUAUCCAGAAAGAUUUAAAGAUCAAAUAGAAAAACCUCAAGCACUGUCUAGUCCCGCUGAUGCUUAUUUCUCCAUGAUGGGUAAGAAAGAUGUACCUUCUCCUCAUGGCUCUGCCACCGAGAAAAGCACUAACUUAGACCCCAGGGGCCAUGAACAUAGAAGAAAAUCACUCCCUUCUCUCCAAGAUGGAGAAGCCACAACUGGAGAGUAUGCAACAAAUUUAGCUGAAUCUGUGCUGCAGGAUGCAUUUAUUAGACUGUCUCAGUCUCAGCCUGUACUACCGCAGGAGUCCACAGUCCAUGUUCCUAUAGGAAGGCCUGUACUUUCCAGUGGCUGUUCCACAAAAGACAUCAUGGCUCCUCGCUCGUGGAAUGAGCUUCCCAAAAUUGUCAUUGUGCAGAGUCCAGAUGGAGGCGAUGCCACUUCCGAGCCAGGUAGCACCUCCUGGCUAGAGAUGGAAGACUCUGGAGACAGCUCAGACCUCCCGUCUGGAGAGAAAGCCAGCAGACACCCUCAGAGUGCUCUAGAAGUAGCAUUAGCUUGUGCAGCCACUGUGAUUGGAACCAUCUCCAGUCCACAGGCCACAGAAAGACUCACGAUGGAGCAAGAAUCCCUGGGAUCAAGCUGUUUGCUGAAAGGCAGUGAGCAACUGCAAGCUCACUCAUCUCCUGGACUCCAGGAACCCUCCAUCCCUGAGUAUUCCUUCCCAUCGGCUCUCUGUGGCAUGACACAGGUGGCCAGUGCCAUUGCUGUCUGUGGCCUGGGUGAAAGAGAAGAGGGGGCAUGCUCUGUGACCCCUGGUGGCUUCUUGCCGACAGCUGGAGCUUCUGAAGCAACAGGGAAGAGUAUGGAGCUGGGAAAGGAAGCCAUUGCUAAGGUUCUGCUCAGGGAGGCCGCUCUGGUGUUAGCGAGGCCCGAGGCCUAUGGCAGCAUGGGAGACCUCCUGGAAUCUGUGAACAGGAAAAUCAGAGCAACUGCUUCUAAGCCUCAGACUCUGCGCUCAGAAAACCUCCUUGGAAAUGAACUGGCACAGACCCUGUCCAAUAUUAUCCUAAAGUAUUCCUUCGAUGACGCUCACCAGAAAAAUAAAAUGAGCCACUCCAGCGACAGCAGCCAUCCCUCUGAAACUCUGGAUACCUUGAUGGAAAGUACAACUCAACUGCUCCACGAUGUAAUGUGCUUCACGGUCCAGAAGAUGAGCCAUCUUGUACAGCACGGUCAAUGUCCCACGGUCCUCACUAAGCAAAGCAUCAGAUGUAGGGAGACAGAACCCCUGGGCUGCCAACCAUUUGAUCAAGUCACUGGUCAAGCCUGGACAAAAGCCACCGAAGGCAGUGGCAGCGACCAUCCCCUGAGCAGUAUACACAGCAGCAAUCCUGUCUUCCACGAUCCUGCGGAUGACCUGCCUUCAAAGCAGGACAAGAGUAAAGCAAGGCCCGGGCUAUGCCAGAGCCCCACACUGCACUCCGGACUGUCCCGUAGUCACAGACUCCUGGAUGCUUCAACGGCUAAGACACCCUCCAAAGAAAUGGAUCUGAAAACGCUCGCGGGAGAGGAUGCUCAGAACCUUGGUAGGAUACCCAGUGUCAGUGAAAAUGAAUGUAGAGCUUCUUCUUUGGAAGCAGAGCAGGCACCCACAGAGAGAAAGAGGAGAGGCAGCUCACAGGAUACGGAAGGCAGCAGCGUCGACUCAAACGCCUUACCUCCAACCAACGAGGUGCAGGUGCAGGUGUCCAUGUCAGGAGACGACCCGGGGUUUGCGGCUCAGCCCGGGCUCCAGGCCCAGCAUGCAGACCUCUACUGCAUUGCAGACUUUGCGGACGAAUUGGCUGAGACGGUGGUCUCCAUGGCGACAGAAAUCGCAGCGAUCUGCCUGGACAACUCCAACGGGAAGCAACCCUGGUUCUGUGCCUGGAAGAGGGGGACCGAGUUCCUGGUGACGCCGAAUGCGUCCUGCCGACCCUUGAAGCGGAAGAAGGACAGCCAGGGCGGUGGCAGCGCGGUGAGGAAACACAAACCGCCCCGGCUCAGUGAGAUCAAGCGGAAGACCGACGAGCACCCCGAGCUCAAAGAGAAGCUGAUGAACCGGGUCAUGGACGAGUCUGUCAACCUGGAGGACGUCCCCGACGCCGUGAAUAGCUUUGCCAACGAAGUGGCCGCCAAGAUCAUGAACCUGGCCGAGUUCUCCCCGGUGGAUGGCGCACCGUGGCAGGCGCAGGGCGGCUGCAGGAACCGGCUGCUGGGCGGGGACCGGUGGAACCGGCUGAAAACCUCCAGCUGCGAGAGCAUUCCAGAAGAAGACUCCGAGGCCCGGGCCUACGUCCACAGCCUGGGGUUCACCAAUACCUUAAGCCAGCCGGUGAGCAGAGCCAGCUCGGUCUCCAAGCAGUCCAGCUGCGAGAGCAUCACCGAUGAGUUUUCCAGGUUCAUGGUGAACCAGAUGGAGAACGAAGGGCGAGGGUUCGAGCUGCUGCUGGAUUACUACGCGGGCAAGAAUGCCAGCAGCAUCCUGAGCUCGGCCAUGCACCAGGCCUGCAGGAAAAGCGACCACCUGAGCGUGCGGCCCAGCUGCCCCUCCAAGCAGUCCAGCACGGAGAGCAUCACCGAGGAGUUCUACCGCUACAUGCUCCGGGACCUGGAGCGGGAAGGCAGGGACGCCGCCUCCUCCAGACGGAGCAGCCAGGACUGGAGCUCGGGUUUGCUGGCCCCUUCCCUCCGAUCCCCGCUCUGCUACCGGCAGUCGUCCGUGCCGGACAGCAGGUCCCCGGGCAGCAGGUUGACAGUGAACGCGCCCAUCAAAGCCAACUCCUUGGAUGGCUUCGCUCAGAACGGCCCACAAGACAUCCUAAGCGUCCAGCCCGUCGGCAGCACGGCCUCCUCCGAGCUCUGCAAGUCCGACUCGUGCUUGUACCGCAGAGGGGGCGGCGACCAGAUCACCAACAUGCUCAUUCACGAGACGUGGGCCAGCUCCAUCGAGGCGCUCAUGCGGAAGAACAAGAUCAUCGUGGGCGCUCCCCGCGCCCCCGACGCGGGAGCUGUGUCAGGCGGCUCGCUCUUGCAAGUGGAGAAGGGUGCCAACAGACCGGACCCCAGCAGAGCGCACCCCAGCAGGCCGGCUCUGCACGGCCAGGACUCUGUGGAUUACCCCAGGAAAGACCCUGGGACCGAAAGCCAACCUUCCCCAGGGGCGUUUCCAAGCAGAAUGGCUCCUCUGGCCAAGAGAGAGGGUUUUCAUCCCCAAAGAGAAAGGUCCUCCUGCCACGAUGCCGGCCCUCGCAGCCACAGCCGGCAGACGCUGGGCUCCAGGGAUGUGCCUUUGAUUCAGAUCGAAACGGACCAGAGAGAAGACUGUGUCGGGGAGCUCGACCCUUUCCUAUCCAAAUGUGCCCCGCUGGAGGAAAGCAAAGAGCAUCUGGAAGAGGAAAAAGGCCCAGAUGUGGACAGAGGUGAAGACACAGCCACAAACCCCUGCCAAGCUUACAGUGACAACCUUGAAGACAUACAGGAAGUCUCAACAGAAGCCAAGGGCCCUGAUGAGUUCCCCAACCCUCCCAGCAGCAGUGAGGAGAGUACAGGCAGCUGGUCUCAGCUAGCCAAUGAGGAGGAGAACCAAGAUGACACAAGUAGCUUUCUGCAGCUCAGCGAGAGAUCCUUGAGCAAUGGCAACAGUAGUGCCACUAGCAGUCUUGGCAUUAUGGACCUGGACAUUUAUCAGGAAAGCAUACCAGCUUCUCCCAUGAUUAACGAAUUAGUAGAAGAAAAGGAGAUUCCUAAAGGCCAGUCAGACAGCAUAAAGGAACACGCCUUGGGACUGCCAGGGAGGACAGCCAGCCACCAGAGGAGCCUGCUGGUGAUCAACUUUGACCUGGAGCCCGAGUGUCCUGACGCUGAGCUUCGUGCCACUCUGCAGUGGAUAGCUGCCUCCGAACUGGGAAUCCCCACCAUCUACUUUAAGAAAUCUCAGGAAAGCAGAAUUGAAAAGUUUCUAGAUGUUGUCAGACUGGUUCACCAGAAGUCCUGGAAGGUGGGAGAUAUCUUCCAUGCAGUGGUCCAGUACUGCAAGAUGCAUGAGGAGCAGAAGGAAGGAGUCCCAAGUUUGUUUGAUUGGCUGCUGGAACUGGGAUAAAACAGAGCUGCCUUGUGGACUAUUUCCUUUCUUUAGCCCAGCUUAGAUUACCGUGGUGUGCUCGAAAUGUGCCCAACUUUCUCAAAACAUCGCGUCACAUUAACCAUACUUAUAAGAAAAGACCUAUAUGCCAAUUCCAUGCACACUGAGCAAAUCUGAGGGUUUGAUCAAACUACAGAUCUGUACACAUCAAUAAAACCCUUGAGUAGGUCCCAAGAGCUUGUA